UAAGAAAAGAAGCUUAAGCGAAGUGAAAAAUCGCAGGGAUUGAUGGAAGAAGAUUUAGAUUUUGAGAAGAAGGUUUCGAUAAAGGACACGAUGGAGGUUGAUCCAACCAAAAUCGUUGCUUUGCUUCGCGGUUUCCUUGGAAUUCAGCAACGCAGAGCCCAAGCCUAUUCCAAGCUCAAAAGGGGUUUUUCUGACUACAUGACUUCUGGAGGGGAAUUGGCUUACCAGAAGCUUUGCAGUGAAGUCACAAUAGAGUUUAAUGAUUGCUCAAAAAAAGUCCUUGAAAUGGAGUCACUAUUUCGGAGCCCUGACUACUGCCGAGUCGAUCUAGCACAGCUCCUUAGAGCUGUUCAAGAUCAGGAAAAGCAGAAACUGCAUCUGACAGCUACCAUUCAGAUGUUAAAGAAAGCCGGCCGCCCAUCCGAACGCCUGGUGAGCCAUGAGAAUUGCAAAUAUACAAAGUUAACAGAGCAUGAAUGUGUUCAUGUUCAGGAGAUUACUGAGGCUUCUGGAACUGAAGAGGCCGAAGCUGAUGCUGAGUAUGAUAAUGCUUUCAAGGAAGCUAUUAGAGGUGUCCAGGAUGCUGUCAUGGCCAUAAAUGAACAUCUAGAAGAAGUCAGAUAUGAAAUUGCUGCCCUUGAAGCUGAGUGAUUCUUUGCUAGUUCAUUUAUUAAAAUGUUAAUGUCUGAGAUUCACAUUCAAGCUUAAUCAUUUGCCUGUGAAUGGAUAGGUAGAGUCUAGAGACGCUUAGUGCUAACAAAUAUUGCUAUGUAAAUAGACAGCCUAAAAUGAAGUUCAUGAAUUUUGUUCUGUCAUCAACAAUUUGUAAUAAUUACUAAAAUGGGAAAAAAUUCAAGCGUUAUUAUUAAAAUACCUUGUUUAAACUUUGGUAC